CCCCUUUCUAAUAUUCCAUCUAAGCUUUUUGAAUCUGCCCAAAACCCUCUUCAAUUUUUUGAGUGUGAAGAUAACAUCCUGCCUUGAAUUGGGAGAAUGAGGGCCUCUUCAUCUUCAGCCCAAAGCUUCUUCAAAUUGCUCGUCGAAAAUCUCGACAUUGUUGCUGGACCUGUGGUUACACUGGUUUAUCCUCUUUAUGCUUCAAUUAGGGCAAUUGAGACAAGAUCAGUUGGUGAUGAUCAGCAAUGGCUCACAUAUUGGGUUCUUUACUCUAUGAUCACUCUUUUUGAACUCACUUUUGCUAGUCUUAUUGAGUGGCUUCCCUUUUGGGCAUAUGCGAAGCUGAUAUUCACCUGCUGGCUAGUCAUACCAUACUUCAAUGGAGCCGCGUCUGUGUACAACAACGUGGUGCGCCCCUACAUCGUCACGCGCCAGAAGAAAAUCAAUAUAUGGUACGUCCCCAACAUGAAGGACACCUUCACCAAGCCCGACGACAUUGUUGCCGCAGCUGAGGGAUACAUCCGACAAAAUGGCCCCGAAGCAUUCGAGAAGAUCAUCCAAAGGAGUAAGAAAGAGACGAUGCCGAGCAUGGACAAUUUCACCAAUAACCAUUCGUUGUAUGAAGACAACUACAAAUAUGAGGAUGACUACAGGUACUAAGAUUUGGUUGAUUCAGGGAUGAGAGUGUUUCAUUUUAAUGUUUAAUUCAGACAGUUUGUUUAUCUUGAGGUUACUGCUGUUGUAACAAUAAAUUGCAAGACAAACAAUAAAGUGAAUGCAAACAAUAUAUCUAUAUCUGAUCAA